GUCGUGUUCCGCAUAACGGCCGGAAAUGUUUUUCCUCGGGGCAGAUUUUUUUUUUCGGACAUACCCCGUAGCGAAGGGACGUAGAACUCGGCAUGACCAGAGAGUCCAGUAUAAAGUAGGGCACUCGGCUGUGCUGACCCGUGGUGCCGUGUUACCGAGAGAUCUGAUCGACCGGGCCGAAUGGAGUGACCCAGUGACUUCUCUCCCUAUCGUUCCCAUGCAUUUGAGGUUUCUAAGCAGACGGUGCUCUAGAUAUGCUGAGUAAUUGAUUUCUCAAGUCGGAAAAAUUUCGCUCCGACCGGUGAGUCGGUUAGGAGAUAGUAGG